AUGUCUCAGUUCUCCAAAGUGAGGGAGCCUUUCCCCAAUGUCUACUUUGUUCUGGCGAAAUCCCUGGAGACACGUGGAUGCCUGCCAGAUGAUGGUCCUCUGACAGGAAGGCCCCAGCGGAUGCUGUGGCGCAGGGCCAUUGAAAAACCUUCGCUGGAAGUCGUGGAUCUGAGCCCGAGAAGCAGUGCCCAGUGUCCCGUUCUCCCCUGCUUCAAUGAUCCCUUCUUUCUUGCAGGAUCUCCUGUCUGCACCACUCUGGCUGCUGCCCAAGCCUCCCCCAAAAGAGCAGCGAGGGAACGACUCAGCCUGGGAGCCGCCGCAUCCUGGGAGGGACUGGAGCCCAGACAAGGGCUUCUCGCCUCAGAGGAUCUCCUGUCUGCACCGCUGUGGCUGCUGCCUAAGCCUCCCAUAAAAAGAACAGGAACGUCUGCCAGGAGGAUACCAAGUCCUUCUUCCUCCACAGGGCCUCGCUUCAAGAAAAUGGUCUCCAUCACCAGCACCCAAGCUGAUGGACAGAGAGUGAGACUCCAUCUUCCGUUGCGUUCCAGUCUGGCCUUUCUGGAUUGUAAAGUCCUUCCAAGUCGCUGGAGGAAACCAUUCUGCUCAGUGCCUUGCAUGUCUCCUGGGAUGCCACGCAUGCUGUCUGAAUGUGCCAGUCCCUGACAGGAGGAGGAGGGCAUCUCUGGCACAGGUUAAAGCUCAAUAAAGAAAUUGGUUGCUUUCGAUAUGCCAAUGAUUAAAUAAUAU